GCGGAAGCUUUUUCCUAAUAGUGUGAUCAAUUAAUUUAACUAUUUAUAAAAGAAUCAAAAUCACUCUCUAGCUCACUUGUCAUGCCCGGUCAAGGCAAAAAUCUAUACUGAAUUACAUUACACAUUACACAGAUUGUGCCUCGUAUGCAUUGAGGAAUGUGGGCUAUACUAUACCAUAUAUUAUAUCAAUCAGGUAUCCUCUGACUCGUGGGAAACUUUUUAAUAAACAACUAGUUUCAGUUACUGACUUCGCUUGAUAAAUUAUUUUUAUUGCAGGGUACAGGUUUACCUACAAUACAUUAUGAAGAAGGUGAACAAGUUUUCACUUUUGAUUCAUCAUGCAGAAUCAAUGCUUUGCGUUUACUCAAAUAUUGUUAUGUUUUUGUUCAACUGUAAUGAUGAUGGUGAUUAUAACGUUCGACUUAUUGUUCGAUUCAAAGCAGGUUGAAAUAAGGUUAAUAUUAUUUAAAAUAUCAGUAUUGAAACGUUGCACUCCUUGUUCAUUACAACUUAGGUACCUACCUAAUGUACAACUAGAUCGUGAUUACAUAAUCAUCACAACCAGUAUGCAGGUAUAUUCAUGAUAUUCCUCUUCGUAAGAUUAUCGUUUAUAUUCAAUGUACAUAAUUUAGUCAGAAAAAAAAUGUAUGUAGAGAAUCGAACUUGUAACAUAUACCUACAUUGAACAUCAAACUCUUAACCACUGAGCCAUCGUCGUACUGCGUCAUCGGAAAUAGGUGUAAGUUUACGUCUGUGUAAUAAAUACCUAAUUAAUAUGAAUAUGCGGUGUAUCAUUUUACAAAGUGUUGCGACUAACUCGUUUGUUCGUGAGAAUAGCAACUAAGCAUUUUAGCGAUGACUACGCGUCCAAAAUGCAAAAAUUUGAAAUAUGCAAUGCAUAAUCCGUUAUUGUCUUGCAUUUAAGGUUUUAUUUUGCAUAAUUCAGUUUUGCACGGAUUUGUAUUGUUUUUCUAUAAAAUAGGAAAAAUCAUUAAACUUUACUCAUUCCUUUGAUCGAUUCCCAAUUGUCCACAAUUGUGGUAUCCUCAUCCGUGUUAUUUUCAUCUUCAGUGCUUUUCUUCAAGAAAGUUUGUUAAAAUGUUAGUAAGUAUUUACAUUUAGUUUAUGUAUUAUGUUGGAGUUUUUUUACAUAAUAAAUUUACACAACAUUUUAAAUACCAUGUACCUAACCGAUUUCUUAAUUUUCAGGUCUAACUACGAAUAUUCAUCCGGUUCGGACUCCCAACUGCCGCUGGCGCCUACGUCUGCGCUGAAAGUGUUGAAAAAGAAGCCUGCGAGCAAGAGGAAGCCGGCGGAGUCGACCCCAACGCCUACUAGUUCUAAAAAGAAGUCGCGUUCGAGCGCCAACGACGAGGCAGGCGCGACCGCAACGUAUUCAUCGAGUACUGGCCCUGGAGGACUCUUCGGGUUUGAGACGGGAGCAACUUCGGGGACGUCGAAGUCUGCAGUGCUGCAGACUUAUUUGACCAGCCGCGUCCCCAACGGUCGAGUGCGCCGGGAGCUCGUCAACCAGUCUGGCGAGUACUAUAUAGAGUUCCGGGUGUAUAACACCGAGAAAGCUGUUGCCUCUAAACCAGAUCAGCGGUGGAAAGAGGCUGAAGUUACUCUUAAAGUAAAGUUAGAUCGGGGGACUCCGCAGUGGGAGAAAAUGCAAUCGUUUAUGCAGCGGAUUCAUAAUUUAUUUGAAGAUUGUGAGCCCGUCUUCAUAAGCGAAUAGUAAUAAGUACCUACUACUCAGGUACUUAUUACAACCUUUUCUCUCACUGCUGCUGUUCAUUGAUAUAACUUCACUUUAAGAUACUUAGUAGUUUUUUUCCACUGAAUUUUCAACCAAAUACCUAUGAAAUUAUAAUUGUAAAUCAUACAUUAAUUGUGUAUAUUGCAAUUUUAUGUCGUUAGCGUAUGAAAGGCGAGGCAUUUUCUUUGUAUAUUUAAAGUAUACUUAUCAAAAAUGGUGUUUUGUACAGUUUGUAAAGUCUCUGUAGAUCGUGUUCAUUGGGUGGGGCAUUUACGAAGCACUAACCAUAAAAAUAAAAAUAUUUCUCCUUUUAGCGACGGGAUUGAAUUAAUUGAGUCCGCAUUUCGCAACCGAAUAGCUUCAUACAGAAUAUUAUCACCAGAUUUGGAUGGUCAUAAUUCUUUAGAUCGGUUUCUUGAUGAUAUAAAA